GCUGCUUGUGAACAGGGGAGCUGUCUGAUGACUGGGAGCAGGCUGAAAAUCCUCAGGGAGAAAUCUACUUCAUUGACCACAAAACACAACGAAUGUCCUGGCUCGACCCGCGUGUGGACGCUCGCCUCAUGAUGUCCCAACACCACCACCAGCAGCACCUGCAACACACCCAGCAGCAGCCCCAACAGGCCCAGGCCUUGGGUUCGCCUGGCUCCCUCCCCCAGCAGCAGAGCUCUCAGGCUGGGAUGAUGAGUCUGUCCAGCCCCCUGGGCGUGGUUGUCAGUGCCCAGCAGAAGAUAAGGCUGCAGCGCAUCCAGCUGGAGAGGGAGAGGAUCCAGAGACGACAGGAGGAGCUCAUGAGACAGGAGGUGGCACUGUGUAGACAGCUCCCUGUGGACUCUGAGAGCAUGGCACCCACGCACACCCCCGGUGGCAACCCUGCCCAGCCCAUGACCCAGGGCAACAUGCCCACCAACGAGGAUCCGACCCCUUCCUGAACAGGCAUGUGCACU